AUGGCGCAGCCGGAUUCGGUCCAGGCGAACGGCAUCCCUGGACCGGACCAUGCUGAGUCCCCCCAACCCCAGGCGGUUGUCCCCGUCAAGAGAAAACGCGACAGUGAGGACGAAGUGAACGGCAAUGGACCUGAAAAGAUGGAUGUUGAUGAUGAACCGCUCCGUGUUCCACAGGAAAACCAAAAGGCGGCCAUUCGGAACUAUUUCACGGUCCUAAGCAGUUUUGAUGCCAAUCCGUCCAUCUUGAAGCGCCCGCUCCCCGAUUUCGACGCAGAGCAGCCUGACGCGAAGCGCCAAAAGUCGGCAGACAAACUGGUAUCUAUUGCCGACAAAGUCACCCAUGAUUCUUACGCGCAUUUGGAAGAGCUCGCAUCCGACCUCGUCGACGCGGUUAGGGACCAACUCAGGGAACUGCAAUCGUCCGAUUCUGGAGAGGACAAAGAGAAGGCCGAUGGCAAUGCUCUGGUACAAACCAAGAAGUUCCGCGAGAAGGCCAUGGAUCUUCUUCGGCGCGAGAUAGCAUACCCACGCAGCGCUGCGAAUAUGCCCGAAAUCAAGCCCGACGUUGACGCUGCCUCGAGUGAAGCGGUUUUGACGGUCUUUGGCCUUGCUCCUCACGGCAAACAGCUCUUUUCAAGCUUGCCCAAGAAAACGCCCGGAAAAGAGGUAUCUAAGGCCAAACCAUCGCCUUUCAACCUCCCUCCGACCGUCUCGACCACUUAUAUCGUGCCGUCACGAUCCAAUGAACGUUCUGCCACGCUCGGAGAACUCUUCUCCUCCAGCAGACCUUUGCCACCGUUACAGCCACCAAAGCAACCCAAGCAAAUGGUCAAGGGCAAUGCCCUCGGCUUUUACCAUCCUGAACCCGCUGGCAAGUCUAAGUACUUCAACGAUUCGUACUCGAGCAAGAAGGUGGCUGUUGGCUACUAUUUGGACUAUACCAACGCGACGCCAUCAUCAAAGAACAAGACUAAACAACGCGAACGCGCACAGAGCUUAGCAGGCCGUAGACCAUCAACGGUUGAACUUGAAGUAAACGAAAUGGAGUCCCUGUUUCGAAGUGCUUUUUCUAGCUUUGCUCCUUGCAGAGACGACUCUGCCUCCGUUAUCCCAUCUAGCCAUGCCGGUCGGCUUCAUUGGCGACUGACUGGUCAGCGAAACUUUAACAAACUCAUCGAGUCCGAACUGCGAGAGUUCGAACUUGAGGAUUCUGUCGAUCAGGCUGUCGAGCAAGCGUCUGAAAAAGAAGUCGAUGAACAGUUUGUGAACGAAGCGAUCGAGAAAUGGGAUGAAUGGCUUGUGGACCCAGCACUGCAAGACAUGAAUGAAAUUGUGGCCAAACCCAAGGAGAAGGAGGCUGCUGAUAAAGAGGUCGACGACCUUCUUGAUGAUGUGACUGAUAUGAUCGAAACCCUGCUCUCGUACCAACGCAUUCGCAACCUCACUCUGCCCUCUUCGCAGAACCGAUACGCGGGUGACCCUGUCAAUGGCGAUAUGCUUUCUCACGGAGCCAUCUCAGUACCCACGGAAGAGGAGACCACAACAUACGAGGCACUAAAGGCUCAGCUAAGCCUUAUCAUCAAUAGUUUGCCCCCUUACGCGGUGGCGAAGCUUAACGGCGAUCAAUUGGAGCAGCUUCUCAUAAGCACCAAGCUUGAGGUUCGCACAGACCAGUACAAGGGCGUGAUGGAGGACGAUGCAGCAACCCAGGCCCGCCUACGGCAACAGCAAAGCGUUGCCGCUGCCGCUCCUCAAAACCGGCCCGCUCCGCAUCGCACGCCAAGCUCCUCAACGCCGUACGGCAAUCAAUACGGAGCGAACCAAUAUGGCACUCCCUCCCGUACUCCUUCGAUCGCACCAUCCGGCUACUAUCGGACCGGCCAGCAGCCUCCGAUGCCCCCCCAGCAAGGCUCUAUACCCCGUCCCGGUGGCACUCCCCAUCACAUGCCUCCGCAUCAGACGCCGCGCCCUGGUCAACCAGGUGGUUAUCGUCCGUCUAAUGGAUACACUAACUACGCGCAACACGUUGGAAAGGCACAGACACCUUUUGGUCACCAGGGUGCUCAGUACGGAUCACAGCAACGGCCUCAACAAUAUUCUGGAUAUGCAGCGACACCAUCGCAUAGUACGCCGAACACCCGUUUUCAGCAACCUUAUCAACAGCCUUUCCAGCAGCACCAUCAGCCGCCUAGCACUCCCCAACCUAACUACGGGGGUUACUAUCCUAACGGCACCAACAAUAUGCAGUCGCGCAUGUCCCCACAAGUCCCAACAGGCCAGUACCAGUCACCAACUCCCCACCAGCCACAGAGGCAUUACGGGUCGACUCCUCAGCAAAACAUGCCUGGUACCCCUAUCAACCGCCAGCAGUAUCCGAACGGUAAUCAUCAACCCCCAACAUACACCGAACCUUGGACUCAACGCUAUGACAGGAUAUAA